AGCUCGCCAUGGCCUCACUCAGAUCAGCAUCAGUGUUCCGAGCUGCUGCUAGUCGGCCAGCACUGUCCCAGCGAGCGCCCGUCCUCGCACGCUUCCAGUCGAACGCGAAGAUCAACGAGCCGGCGGAGAAGACACAGCCGGGACCGGCGUCCACCUUUACCUCACCCUCUGGCAAGCUGGGAGAGAGUGGCCUCGUAAGGCAAGAAGGACCGGGAGAAGGACAGCCAAGGCACAAACCAGAUUACAAUGUGGCCAUUGACUACAGGACAUCGAACUUUUCGCCUGUCCCAAUGCGCGUAAUGGACGGAAGUGAACCAGGUCUCGAUACGCCAGCUGCUGUGCUCUCCGGCGCACCAGUCGAGCUUCAAGCACGCACAGUCCGCAUCUACAAGCCCGCAAAACCUGCCACACAAUCCGGCGACUGGACCUCGCAUCACUGGCGGAUGGACUGGGACCUUCUAUCCAAGGGCCACAGAUGGGAGAACCCUUUGAUGGGCUGGCAGUCCAGCUCCGACUUUAUGCAAGGCACACACUUGAACUUCGACUCGAAAGAAGACGCUAUCAGAUUCGCCAAUAAGCAGGGCUACGAAUACUUUGUGCAAGAACCGAACGAGAGGAGAAUAAUCCCGAAGGCAUACGCAGACCAGUUUGUUCACAGCCCGAAGAAGCUGAAGCAAGUGCGGACGAAGUAAGAAGAUGGAAGUGUCGCGCGUGAAGCAGACGAGAGGAGCAGCUGCAUAGUUUAGAGGCAAGAAAUGUACAUAUGCCACGGUAUGAGAGGAAGGCGAUGAUGCAUGGACAA